CUGAAAAAUCCCAUUUUUUUUGAGUUUUCAUCCACACGCUUUUGCCUCUUUCAAGUAAGAAGAAAACAAUUAAAAGUACUUCCCUCCAAAAUUCUAAUGAAGUUGUCAAUUGAACAAACACAAGAAUGUCUCUCCGUUUGAUAUCUUCAACAAAGCCGCCGUUAAAUCCCAAAGGCAUCGCCGCUUCCCUUUCUUUCUUCUCCACUUUCGGCCACCAGAAUCCCCAAUGCCGCCACGACGAUUUCAGUUUCCAAAGUUUAACCGACGAUGCUCACUGGACCAAGCACAUCCACAAGCUCUGCACCGUCGAUCGAAACGUCGAUUCUGCACUUGAACUUCUCAAGCACAUCUGCCUUCAUGGCUACCGUCUUAACGCGCUUAAUAUUGGCAGCAUCAUCCACGGUCUCUGCGACGCCGGCCGCUUCGCCGAAGCCCACCACCAGCUGCUUCUUUUCGUCAAUUCCCAAUCUAACAUCUUGGACGAGCGGACCUGUAAUGUUCUUGUAGCCCGAUUGCUUUACGCCGGUACUCCGAACUCCACGUUGCGGGUGAUUUGCGGUUUGAUUAGUGAUAACCCAUAUUUUGUUCCUUCUUUGAUUAAUUACAAUCGGUUGAUACAUCAAAUUUGCGCUCUUUCCAUGCCCGUCGAAGCCCAUUGUGUGUUUUUUGAUCUGAGGAAAAGAGGGCAUCUUCCUAAUGCAGUUUCGUACACUAGUUUGAUGGCUGGAUAUUGUGGGAUUGGCCAAAUGGACAAUGCAAGUAAACUGUUCGACGAAAUGCGUGAUUGCGGAGUGAAGCCUAGUGCGGUUACGUACAGUGUUCUGAUUGGAGGGUUCUUGCGAAAACGUGAUGUGGAAAUGGGGAGAUAUUUCUUGGAGAAGCUGUGGGAGUUUAUGGCUAAUGAAGAGGUUGAUAAGCUCGUUAACAAUGCAGCUUUUGGGAAUGUGAUAAAUUGUCUCUGCAAAGAAGGAUUAUUUCAUGAAGUCUUCAAGGUGGCAGAGGAUAUGCCGCAGAGCAAUAGUGUUCCCGAAGAGUUUGCAUACGGGGAAAUGAUUAAUGCCCUCUGUAAAUAUGGAAGGUACAACGGGGCUGCGAGGAUUGUUUACAUGAUGAGAAAGAGAGGAUUCACUCCGAGCCAACAGUCUUAUAAUACAAUUUUACAUGGCCUUUGUGUGGAGGGAGAUUGUUUCAGGGCAUAUCAGUUGCUGGAAGAAGGGCUAAGUUUUGGAUAUCGGCCUUCAGAGUUUACUUAUAAUCACUUGGUAGAGGGUCUUUGUCAUCAAUGUGAUAUUGUUAAAGCCAAGGAAGUAGUCAAUAUCAUGUUAAGAAAUGUAGCUGGUGAGCAUAAGACUAGGAUUUACAAUAUAUACUUGAGAGCUCUUUGUUUUAUGGAUAAUCCAACUGAACUACUGAACGUACUUGUUUCUAUGCUUCAAGAACAAUGUCAUCCUGAUGUCAUUACCCUGAAUACUGUUGUUAAAGGUUUGUGUCGAAUGCGAAGAAUUCCUGAUGCAUCAAGGGUACUUAAAGAUAUGAUGUCGGGUAAGUUUUCUGCCCCAGAUGUAGUAACUUUCACCACCUUUAUCUCUGGCCUGUUAGAUGCCGGAAAUAUUGAAGAAGCCAUUGAUAUGUUCCAAAAUGUGAUGCCUGCCCAUGGCAUUCGACCUGCUGUUGCAACCUAUAAUGUGCUAAUCCGUGGGUUAUUCAAUAUGGAUCAGGUAGAUGAAGCUAUGAGAAGUUUUAAUAGCAUGGCAACAGCUGGAGUUGCUGCUGACUGUAAAACUUAUGCAAUAGUUAUUGAUGGACUCUGCCAUUCUGAACGCAUAGACGAGGCCAAGAGGUUAUGGGAAGAAGUUAUUUGGCCCUCAAAGAUUCACGAUAAUUAUGUAUACUCAGCCAUGUUGAAAGGGCUGUGCCGCAUUUGCAGUUUUGAUGAAGCUUGUGAUUUCCUAUAUGAAUUGGUUGACUGUGGGGUUGCACUGAAUCAGGUGAACUACAACAUUCUGAUCGAUUACGCUUGCAGGUUAGGCUUGAAGAAAGAAGCCUAUCAAAUAUGUGGGGAGAUGAAAAAGAACAGUGUAACUCCUGAUUCAGUUACCUGGAGACUUCUUGAUAAGUUGCAUGGCAAUGCAAAAAAUCAACCUAGUGAAGAUUUUAACCGAGAAUAUGCAAAAUCCAGUGUUUAUGAUACUUGAAAGGGCCUUAAAGAUUUUGUUUCUAAUCGGCAUCAAGGCGAAAACCGGAUGCAUCAAAGGAGCUAAGGUCAGGAAAUGGGACAUGGGGUACGCAGAAAGGAACUGUGCAUUGUGGCAUCCAUCAUCACACAUUUGCUCAUGUAUAAAACAUGGAGCAAACACGAAGAGCUUCGCCCCAUAAGCGUCCUACUAGAACCGGUCGGGGGCUGUGAAAAUUCCUAGCUCCCGUGGUAAGUCAAUAGAAAGAAUUUUCAGGUUCCGAAAAAGAGAUCCAGUUGUAUGGGAAUAUCAGAUGUGAGCUAACUAAAAAGAAAGGACGGGGCAGAAGUGGAGUCUCUGCAAUCAAAAAGAAAAGACCUGUACUGCAUCAUGACUUUUUUUUAAGAAACUAUGGUAACUAAAAAGAAGAAGGCGCAAAUUUAUGACCUCGUUUCCUUUUUUGGCGCAAUGUAAACAUGUACCUGCAAAAUGUUCUGACAAUCAAAAGAAUGAACAAUUUGUUCUUUUUUUUUUUUUUGAAAGGAAAAAAAAAAAGUAAGAACGAACAAUUUGUAAUAUAUGCGACCCUAUAAC